AUAGUCGGCACAGCAUCCUCCGGGGCCUCUGGAGUUCGCGGGAAACCGGCAGCAGUCGCGACACAGCAGUCGUAACAGGACUUCGGAGUGUUGUCUUUGUCUGUUAAUUAAGUGGUUCAUUAAUCGAUUCGUUUUAAAUCAUUACGUUUGAAAAUGGAGCGGUGGUAGCGCUUUAAAUCGCCGUAUUUCUACGACUACUGCACACGCUGCUAACAUCCGACGCUACUUAGCUUGCUAGGUUGUUACAUUGGCUAAAAGGGACGCUUGGCUUCAUGCGAAAGGAGAGAGAAAAUACUCUUGGUUACAAAGAGACAAAGGGCUGCCGCUGUCAGACACGAAACUGACUGUUAAAAUGAGUAUGUUCAAUCUUGACCGUUUUCGUUUUGACAAGAAAGCAGCAACGACAACAAACAAAGAUAAGGGCUGCGGCUCCAAAAGUCCCGAGUCUGAGAAGGAGAACAAGCCAGCUCAGAAACCUGUCAAAGCCCCACCAAAGUCACAUGCCCGAGGAGUGGUUUUUGAAGAAGUCAUUACCAUUGACUUGGAGGAGGAUGAGCUGCUCUCUGAAACAAAAUCCAAAAUACCACUAACUAGGAAAUCCAAGAAUCCCACAGGGAAAUCAGCCAAAAAUGUGGAAUCGUAUCACACAGAUGACGAGGACAUUGAAAUUGAAGAGAAAAUGAACAGACUACUGGAGAUGUUCCCUCAGUCAACACGGACUGAGCUACUGGAGGUCAUUGGGAGCACAAGCACAUUAGAUGGGGCUGUAAAUGCAUGUCUUAAAAGGUUUGCUGAUGGAGCGGCAGACCAAGGCAGGAAGAGAAAGCAAGAUGGAUCCAGUAGUUCUCAGGACAGUGGUGAGAUUCAGCCCAGAAAGAAGAGCCGGUCAUUGUCAGUGGUUUCUGGUGAAGACACCAAUGAAGGCAAAGAGCCAAGCUGGGAGAAGCAGGAAGCCAUGGUUAGAAGACUCCAGAAAAAGUUUCCAGACCAGGACAAGGAGGAGCUGCGUAUGGUUCUGCAGGAACACGACUGGAACGUUCAAGAUGCUCUGCAGGUCCUGCAGAUGUUCUCAGAUACUGAUAAUACUAGCUUCAGCUCACCUGAGACAGAAGAAAAGAAAUUUAGUAAAUCCAAGAGCAAAGACACAACAAGCAGGGAUCACAAAAAGUUGAAGCACCACAAAGAUCACAGAGACAAUGAAAGAAGGAACCGAAAUAUUAGUGAAUCAGAGGAGAGCAUAGAUGACACUGAUGUUACAAAGGACAGUGAGGACAGCAGUUCGGACUCAGAAGAUAGCAAAGGUUCCAAAAAGACAACCAGUUCUUCCACGCUGGAUACAUGGUUUAAAAAAGGCUCAGAUUCAGUAUCUUCAUCCUCCUCUAUCAAGAAAACUGCUACCUCUUCUUCCAUGAAGCCAUCGUCCUCUUCCUCUACUGUUCAGAUGCUGUCCAGGUUUGCCAGUGGGACCAGUAUAGCUAAGAAGCAGGCAGCAGAGAGCAAGAGGAAGGCGCGUGCCUCAGAUGAACAUGUCAGCUCUGAGGGGGAAAAUGACGAUGAAGACACAGUUAGCACGGAGUUUGAGGACUCUGACGAUGAGCUUGACAAUAAAGGUGGCAUGACAGAACUGAAGAAUGAGAUCCUCACGUUCUUCCAGAAUGCGUCUCUGGACGAGCUGUCACUGAUCUCUGGGUGCUCGGUUAAAAAAGCUCAGAAGAUUUUGGAACUGAGACCUUUUGACAGCUGGCAAAGCCUGGUUGAUGUUUUUCACAAGAACAAUGGGCUGUCGGAGGACUUACUGCUGGGUUGCAGAGUCGUACUCAAAGAACGGAAGGUAGUUCUAGGGCUCAUGUCCAAAUGUGAGACCAUUUCCUCAAAAAUGGUCAAACAGGUCACUGAGGUGAUGGAGAAGGGAACAGGGACAAUGAAACAACCCCACAUACUCAACAGCCAGUUCCAGCUGAAGCCCUACCAGCUGAUUGGCCUAAAAUGGCUGCUGCUUCUGCACGAACACAAACUGAGUGGUAUCCUUGCUGAUGAAAUGGGUUUGGGGAAAACUAUCCAAGCUAUUGCAUUUCUGUCCCAGCUGUACCAGAAUGGAAUAGAGGGACCUCACCUCAUCACUGUACCAGCCUCCACACUGGAUAACUGGGUCAGAGAGCUGAAGCUGUGGUGUCCAAGCCUUAAAGUUGUAGUCUAUUAUGGAUCUAUGGAGGACCGCCGCUACCUCAGACACGACAUCCUUAAUGAAUAUGUUGAGUUCAACGUCAUUGUGACCACGUAUAACUUGGCCAUAGGAAAUGAUAGCGAUCGUAGCCUUUUCCGCAAGCUGCGUCUGAAGUAUGCGGUGUUCGAUGAAGGCCACAUGCUGAAGAACAUGAACUCUCUGCGCUACCGCCACCUUAUGGCUAUAAAUGCUGAGCAUCGUUUGCUGCUGACAGGAACUCCUUUACAGAACAACCUCUUAGAGCUGAUGUCUCUCCUGAACUUCAUCAUGCCGUCUAUGUUCUCCAGCUCCACUACACAGCUUUCCAAAAUGUUUUCUAUGAAAUCCCACGAGGAGCAGAGCCCUUUCGAGAGGGAUCGUAUUUCUCAGGCCAAACUCAUCAUGAAGCCUUUUAUCCUCAGAAGAGUCAAGAGUGAGGUCCUCAAGCAGCUACCAGCCAAGGAAGAGACAAUAGAGUCCUGCUCAAUGAGUGAAAAACAGCAGGUUCUCUAUCAGAACCUCUUUCGAAAACUCAAGAAUUCAACCAAUGGCGAGAAGCGUGAGUUGUGUAAUGUGAUGAUGCAGUUGAGGAAGAUGGCCAACCACCCUCUGCUUCACAGACAAUAUUACAGCACAGAAAAGCUCAAAGCUAUGAGCAAACUCAUGCUCAAGGAACCAACUCACUUUGAUGCAGAUGCUGCUCUGAUCCAGGAGGACAUGGAAGUUAUGUCAGACUUCGAACUUCACCGUCUGUGCCAACAGUAUUCCUCCAUCGGUUCCUACCAGCUUGAAACCGAUCUACUGCUCGACUCUGGGAAAUUCCACCACCUCACAGGGCUGCUGGGCUCGCUUAAAAACAAUGGAGACAGAGUGGUCUUAUUCAGUCAGUUCACCAUGAUGCUUGACAUUGUGGAAGUGCUGCUCAAACAUCUUAAGCAUCGAUACGUCAGACUGGAUGGAUCCACACCCAUAGCUGACAGGAUUGUGCUGAUUGAUGAGUUCAACACGGAUCCUGACAUUUUUGUGUUCCUGUUGUCAACACGUGCUGGUGGCCUGGGCAUUAACCUCACCUCAGCUAAUGUUGUCAUCCUACACGACAUCGACUGCAAUCCCUACAAUGACAAACAGGCAGAGGACAGAUGCCACCGUGUGGGCCAGACCAGGACUGUAAAGGUGAUUAAGCUGAUCAGUAAAGACAGCAUAGAGGACUGCAUACUGCAGCUGGGCCAGAAGAAACUAAAGCUGGAGCAGGACAUGACCACUGCUGAUCAGGGUGAUGUGGGGACCAUACCUGAAGAUAUGGCAUCUUUGCUCAAAGCCUCACUGGGACUGUGAUACAGAAACACAUGAAACUUGAAACUGUACAAAUACUUUUUUGAUGGUACUCCUGUGAUUCUGGGCAGACUUGAGUGUUCCGACACAACACACACACUUUUGUGUUUAUACUCUAAAACUACUGAGAACCAUAUGCUGCCAUGAGAAACUUCUGACGAGAUCUGAUUUACUGUGUAGCGUGGUAGCUGUGCCUAAAAGCUGUUUUUAACUGCACGGUUUUUUGCUCUUACUUUGAUUAUGAGAUCAGUAUGUAGAGGCAGACCAAAAACGAUGCCUUUUUAAACAUUAUGCACUCCGUAUGUUACGUCUGGAUGUCCAGCUGUAUAACCUCGAGACAAAGUGGGGUUUAGAAGUUCGUACUGUACCGUCAGGAAUACAUCAUGUGCUGGAGUACACCAUCAAACGUGUGACUGAAACAUAAACAUAAGUUGACCUAACCCAUGCCAGUAUUAUUCACCUGCAGUUAAAAGGCGCUGUAUGCUGGUCAGGUGAAAUGAAGUGUACUCGCAGUCUUUCAUAGAUAAAGUACUGCGAGUUGUAGUAAUGAAAUUGUGCUUACAUAUCUGAAGAGGUGAUGCAUGGAAAGUAGAAGAUUUUUGGUUACAAUCUCCCCUACUAGACUGCUGCAUCUUAGCAAAAGAGUUUGCUGCUAUUCACAUGAAUUUCCUCCGCUACCAACCCUGAACAAACUUUUUGACGCUUGAGAUUGCAUCAGGAUAUUGGCCAAGUAUCUGAAAAGUUGUAUUCUCCCCCACUGUAAGUGUUACGUGUUUCAUCCCAGUGCUGUAUUUAAAAUUUAAGUUUCUCGCUUUUAGUGAGAAACUUAAUUUUUUUUUUUUUUUUUGAUACAUGGUUGUGUGGUUAUAGACAUUUCAUUUAAUAUACAAAUAUUCCAGAUUUUCAGGUGUGUAAAAGUAGAAAAAGUAACAGAGUACUAUGAAAGAGAAUGUCUUCAAUAAAUAUUGAUUGGUUUCCUUUACUCUUUUAAAUAUCUCGAGCCAAGCGACCGAGAAGGUGAUGAUUUGAGGAGGUGGAUGCUGCAUUUUAAUGUACUGUUCAAGUGGCUAAUGUGUUGUGAGUGUACAAGUGUAACUGUAAAAGCUUUUAUGAACUCAUUUGUAUGUUUCUAAGGUUCCUGUUUAAACUGAAUAAUAAAAAUUGGAUUAAAUGUU